GCGGAAAUCAAAACUAGGUUCAGGCACGUUUCUUGUGAUACUUUCUCCAACUUUCUCCCUCCCUCUCUUCCUUUUUGCUGCCCUUUUAUUACUGCCUUUUUCAAAAUGGUCAGUGUCGCAAGCGAAGCCGGUAACUUUUUCCAAACCGAUGCCGAAAUAAAGAAACAAAAAGAAAAGGAAGCAAAGUACAAUUAUACCGAAGGCGAUGCUCUUAAAUUGAGCACCAAGGCACUAGCCCUGCUUGUCACGGGCAAAUACGCCUAUGUCGCGGAAUCUGGAUUCAGUGCCAAACGAAUCAAUCUCGAGACAAACAAGACCGUCAAACUCUUUAAGGGACAUAAAGGACCAGUGAGCUGCAUAGCCUUGUCUCAUGACAAACAGAAUGUCUGGACAGGAUCGUGGGAUAAGACAAUUAAAAAGUGGGAUGCCAAGACAGGAGAAUGUUUAGCAACGUUACAGGGCCAUACUGAUUUCGUUAAAUCGCUGUUGGUAGUGGGUGAACAUAUCUACUCUGGUUCAUCGGAUACAACGAUCCGCCAAUGGCAUAUGGAUACCCUUGAAUGCGUAACAACACUCAAAAAACACAGUCGAGCCAUAGAAUGCUUGGCGGCCGACAGCAAGUUCUUAUAUGCAGGAUCUUCGGAUCGUCUGGUGACAAAAUGGGAUCGCGCCACGCACGAGUGUGUCGCGACAUUCGAUGAGCAUGAUACGAGCGUCUAUUGUGUUCGUGUAUGGGAUGAUGAAAUGUGGACGGCUUCUGCAGAUAAGACUGUACGACGAUGGAAUACUGAGACUGGUGCAGUGGAUACGGUGUUAACACAUCCCGAUCGAGUUAAGUCUCUGGUUAUUCUUGGACCCUAUGUAAUAACUGGAUCAAGUGACGAUGCUAUCCGAGUAUGGGACAUUGCAUCUGGAAAGCAACUCUCUACAAUCGAAGGUCAUUUCGAUGAAGUAGGAUGUCUGGAUGUAGCAGGCACAACGCUUUACAGUGCGUCAUUGGAUUGCUCUCUUCGUCGAUGGACGAUCACACCAUCUGCAUUAAAAGAAUACAAUGAAAAACCUAAAAAGAAACCAGCGGAUGAAGAGGAUCAAGGACUUGGACUUACCGAGGAGGAAGAGCGAGAAUUAGCAGAACUUAUGGACGAUUAAAAAAAUUGGGACUAACUUAUUUGCCCAACUUGAACUUUUUCAAACCCUUUGUAAACUUGUUGCCUCCACUAUCGCGGUUCAUUUGAUUCAUGCGGUAUCGUUGAGCAUUUUGAGCGUCUGAACGAUAGGCUGC